AUGUGUAUACAAGUUGUCGAGCGGUAUUCUGUAUGCCGUUGUCUUUACUACAAGCACGCAGUCGACCCAUGCGCCGCAAGAUCACAGCGUGGACACCACGUUCAAGAACGUGUGGUCCUAGUCGGAUAUGCGUGCAGUCAACACUCAAGGCAUCGUUCUACGCCGGUCUUCCACACACAGCAGCAUUCGCAACCAGAUUCUGGCUACGCGAGUUGGAACGCUCGUCACUCGAAAUAA